AUGAAUUCAUUGAUUACAUUUAUUCGACAUCAGUCCACUUCACCCACGGGUGCAGACGUGGCGUUCAAAGACUGCGCCAAAUGGUGGGCCAAAUCUGAGACAAUUCCAUCAUUUAUGAUGAAAUUGAUUGGCCGGCAAUGCAAUGAUGGCCAACAGGUUGAGAGCCCUCACGUGCUUUUAGCCGAUGAUAUAUUGACGGUUAAGAAGGCGAUCACCUGUGGGUGCAAAUGGACGGAACCGAUGAUUGCCAACAAAAAUGUGUGGACAAUACUGGGAGAGAUGGGCUCGUAUGGGGUACGGGUGAGCGCCGACGACUUCGGUUUUAUGAGAGCACAGAAAGGCCCGAAUGUCUGGCAAGACAUGGUUUAUAAGACUAUAAAAAUGUUAGGCACCGCUCAGCAUAAGAUGAAAUGGUUGCCAGACUUGGCCUCAGGUAAAAGGAUUGGCGGAUUCUGUGUUAAUGAUAAUAUAUUUCCCGCCCAAAAUAUAUCUGUCUUUUUAGCGAUAGGUUUGGAUUUUGUAUCCAUAAAAACUCGUGCCGUUCUCUCGCCGGACGGCAAACACUAUAUACUGAACGGAUCGAAGAUCUUUGAAUCUAACGAACGCGACGCCAAUUUGUUUGUGGUUUGGGUCAAAAUGCCGGUCACUUUCGGUUCAAUGGCCAACAAGAUAUCGGCCGUUUUGGUAGUGGAGAGGGGGCCGGGGGUCACAUUGCGU